CAUUCAUUCGCCUUUAACUCCUCCUGUUCAGGAUCCACUCGACUAUACCCUGGUAUUCAUCUUCGUACCUUGAUUACAUACAAACCCCCAAGCAGAUCCGGUGUUACUCACCUGUUGUGUCACUGAUGCCCCGCACUUAUGGUAAAAGAGCAAAGCAGACGCGACUUUCUUUUGCUCCGAUAGACCUGUCGCAAGAUUCUGCCGAGGAUCCCGGUGAGAAGAGUGACCGCAAAGCUACUCUGCGCUAUGGCCAUCCGUCAAUGCCCACUGUCCGCAGUACUCGGUCCCUACUAAGCGGGCCAUCGAUCGGAAGCAUGUCGCCUGUUCCGUUCGUGAAGGCCUCAGCAGACCAGCAAUGCUCCACAUCGAAAGCAGAAACUUCCGAAAGCCUCACCCCUACGAAAAAGAAGAAGAAUAAGAGGAAGGAGAAGAAGGAGAAGAAGGAGAAAAAGAAGAAAAAGGACAAGAAGGGAAAGGAAGAGAAAGAGAAGGAAAAGGAAAAGAGCACCGAUGAAUUACGACAGCCUUCUACUUCCGAGACCAAGGUGCCUCUCCGCCAAGAGAGCGAAAGCGAUGAUGAAGAAGCUCCUACCAGUGCUCGAAAAGUAAGGAAGUCGCGAGCUUUGAAGCGGAAGAGAUCUCAGACCCCAUCCGACACCGCAGAUUCCCCAUCUCAAAAUCCCUCACCAUCCGUGAGGUCCGACAAUAGUGACGUCGACGAUAUAAUCUCUCGGCCUCGUCGGAAAUUACGACGAGGCCCGGCACAGCAGCCUACUGUUAUUCUGGAUGAUGACGAUUCUGACGAAGGACCUAUUGCAACCCCGGCAAGAAAACGAAGGAGGGCCAUCGAUGCUCAGCCACCACGGACACCGGAACAAAACUUGGAUCAAGACGAGCUAGAUCUCAGGGAGGACCUUCAAGAUCUUCAAGACUCAGUGGUGAAAGAAACACGAACCAGAGGUAGGCUGGCCAAUUCUGCGCGAGCCCAAAGACAGCAACACCUAGAAGCGUUACGCCGUCGGAGAGCUGGUGAAAAGGAAACCGAUGACGAAAGCCCAGAGACUCCGCAAAGCUCAUCAGAAAGCGAGGAUGAAAGUGAGGGCGAAAGCACUAUUCCACAACCUCGUUUCCGUCAAGAAAAAGAGGAUAGUGAUGUUGAAUCCUCUGUGGCAAGCAAUGAAGAUCUUGAUCGUUAUGAAGAUGAUUUCGUUCUAGAAGAUGGGACUCUCGGUGCACCGAGCAGUCUCCCGGAUAUGCCUUUCGAAUUUUCUCGUCAUUCAUACAAGCAACUGAAAGAUUACUUCCAAGACGCAGUGGAAUGGAUGGUAUUUAACCAGCUUAAUCCAGCCUUUGAGCGCUCUAGCCCAGUCUACCAAGUCGCAUUUUCAAAAUUAGAAGAUGAGGUCAAAGGCCGGACUGGAUCGCAGUUAAUUUCCUCAGUAUGGAAUGCCAACUUCCGUAGUGCCCUCAUGGCAAGGCCUCAUAUGGAAGUUACCGGGUAUCCAACACUGGAGAACCACCCUUGCGAUGCCUGUAAUCGAUCCGGCCACCCGGCCUCCUCCGACAUGAAACUAUACGGAAAAGCAUACUCAUUGGAGACGUUUGAGCCGUUGUCCGACGAGAACAGUGACACCGAAGAAGAUGGACGAGAACGGGAUCGAGAUGGGCAUGCUCUCCCCGAUGAGAACACUCGAUUCUUGCUAGGAAGACAUUGCAAAAACAGAGCUGCUAUGGCCCACACUCUUAUCCACUGGCGCUUUCACCUUAAUGAAUGGGUAGUAGACCAUCUUGAACGAAUGGGCUACAUGUCCGACAAGGAAAUAUCCAGGCGGAACCGCUGGAGCCAGAAGAAAAAGGCGAAAAGGGCUGCCGAAGCUGUCGGAUUGAUGGUUUACGAGGGCGAGAUAAAGAAGCUCUGGCGAGAUUUCCAUAUCAACCUCAGAACGGCUCGAGAAUCAGUGACGCUUGGAUAGUACCUCAUCCAAGUUUCUUUAUUAUUCUUCGAAUUCAUCCUGUCGAUAUCUUUACUUGAGAUACUAUCUACUAUGGGCCUUGAGAGGCUCACCUUUGGUUGAUAUUAUCUGUUUUACCCUUCAAACUUACGUUAUGUACAUACACCUGGAUUCAUGAUUCAGCCAUGUCAUCCUUUAUCUCCCUGCUUCUUGCUUACUACCCCGAUGGAAUUUCUUUGUACGCUCGGUUGAUACCCCAGGUCUGGCAUGGCCUUUGAUACGAAUUUUCAUUCGAACGUCUUUUCCUUGAUUCUGCUUCUUCUUUUGCCUUUAGCUAUUCUCUCGCUUGAUACAAGCUUCAGCUUACAUGGCUCUACACGCUUCUUGGAUGAUAGCCCAGUACUAUUUACAAUCAUACCUCUAGAUUCAUUCACG